AGAAGUUACUAUUUAUUCCUAAUUAAAUGGAGAGGAAGGUCUUUGAAGAGGAACCUCUAUUUUACUUUUUACAAAAGCUGAUAACUUUUCUGUGUUAUUAUAAAUUUACAAACUUCAGAUUGUAUUUUCUGCUGUUUUUAAAAGUAAUUCUUGAGAGAAAUGCUCCCAUUGCUUGCUGAGAAACCAGCUCUUCAGAACAAGGAGAGGUUUUUCUUCAUACUCUAAUUAAGGGUGGGACACCCACGACCAGAGCUACUUGUGGCAGGCGGUGAGGGCCUGAGAAUAGUGUGACUGGAAACAAGACUGUGGCCAGAUACCACUUCCUGGAGAGGACAGGGGGCUCAGUGAGCCUUGAACAAACCAUAGCUUUGGGUAACUGCACUGUGCCUCACUCCUCCUAAAGAUAACCACUGGCUUGGGUAUAUGUUGAACUGGACAAGGCUUACUUACUACUGCCCCUGAUUUAAAGAAAUAAUUAUCUUUUGAAUACGAUAGUCUAAUGUGUAUAAAUUAGUCAUGUCUUUUCUUUCUGCAUACCAGCCUCCCAAUUCCCUGAGCUCCUGAUUGGUCAGUAAGAGUACUUAAAAGGCCAAUUGCAGCCAGUUUAAACACUAGUUUGGAUAGCCUAAAAUAAUUUCUAGAUGAAGCACAUGGCUUCAGGAAUGACUAAGCUGUCCUGUGUCCUCUGGGUUCUGGCUCUGAGGGAAAUUGAUAAGGGACCCUAAUUCUAACCCCAACAAUCCAUGUGAGUCAGGAAAGCUCUCAUGUCCCCCUGCUAUGUACAGCCCACCGUGGAUUGCCAAAAUAAAUGUCCGUAUGCCUGCCCUUUGAUUAUGGUAUCUCCUCUGCCAAGUAUGUGCCUGCCCUUUGAAACACUCUCACUGAACCACUCCAAAUGAAUUUUGGGGCCAAAUUAAAAAACACACUUGAUACACAAAUCCAUCUCAAAAGCAGGAAAAUUAAUACAAGACAGCACUUCAAUUGUAGGACAUAACUCUAACACCUCAAGGAAGUAAAUCCUAAGGGUGAGAGCAGAACACUUAGGAGAUCAAUAUUUGGCAGAUGAUAUAGGAAGCAACUAGAACUGUUAGGUCAAGUGCAUUUGGACUUGGGACAAUAGAAGGGGAACCUUGAAGAGACGGAUGGGCAAGAUGAAUGAGAACCAAAGAAAACUACCGGUGAUUUGAAUGAGAAAAGUCCAAAGGGGCCAUUUACAGAAUACUUGUAACAUACUUUAUUAAUCUAGUAUUCCCUGACAUUUACUCUUUUUACCAAUUGUAACAGUAUUUCCUAAUUUCUUAGAAGAAUGAAAAUUCACCUAUAGUUCAACUGGGGAACUCAAAAUCCCCGAAUCCUAAAGAAUUUAUACUGACAUUGUUGGAAUAACAGUUUGCUUAACAAAGUCCAGAGUUUUCAAAGAUAGAAAAAAACUGGACUUGAUUUCUUCCAUAGUCAGUUUCUGCUACCUCAAGUCUAGAACAGGAUACACAAAUACAUAAAUCAAACAGGAAACCCUAUCUGAACAAAGUUAAAAAUACUUAAAACAUGACCCUAUCGUGAGUACCAUAAGGUACCCUUAUUGACCUGCAAGAACAACCAAUAAUUUCUAAGGCAGAGAAUGAGGUCAUUUUAAAGCAAAUUUACUAAUUGUAUUCCUCUAGGCAAACUAUUUAACCUCUUUGAGUUUCCUCCCGUGUAAAAUGGGACUCCCACCACACAUCUCUAGGGUUCUUAGGCAUAAAAUGCUCUGUCCCAUACCUGGCACAGAACUGUCACUCACUAGGCUAUGUUCUCCUCUCCUUCCUUCCAUUUGCUUUCACAAAGCCUUUCAGAACCACUUUGAGUCACUGUUUCUGCCCUUCUCUAAUUCACAGAGCAUUUGAAAUCUGUAUCACAUAUCACAUAUUAAUCUAAAUUCUUGGCUUGCUUGUGGAAUCUGUUCAAUUUCCAGAGACCCUCAAUUAGCUUGUGACUAAACAUCCUACUUCUGUGACCUCCACAUGCUGCUAGGAACAUAGUAGAAACUCCAGUAAAUAUUUGUUGAAUGAAUUACACUGUUUAACAAAAAUAGACCUAAAAACCAAAAUAGUGUAAGAACUGGCAAAACUUACACCUAUCCAGGUAUGCUUGCCCAAUAAACAACCAGUGGACUGACAACGGUUUUUAAGCAGUACUUCUGACUCUUCCUUUGUUUCAAUGGUUGAUUGACAUCUGUGGUAGCCAGUUUCCAAUAUGGCUCCCAGUGAUCAUCACCUCCUGAUAUUUACCCCUCCCACACUGAUCCAGGGCUGGCUCUGUGUGACCAAUAGAAUACUGCAAAAAUGACAGUGUUGACUUCAGAGGCUGGAUCACAAAAAGGCAUUGCAGCUAUGGGCUUGUUCUUGAAUUACUUGCUUUGAGGUGAGCCAAUCACCAUCCUGUGAGGACAGAUGGCUGUGUGACCUUGGGCAACUUAUGAGAUCUUUCUGAGUUUCAGUUUUCCUCACCUUUAAAAUGAGACAUUUCACAGGGUGUUGUGAAAACCAAAUAAGACUUGAAUGUAAGGCACAUAGCAAGAUAUCUGGCACAUAGUAAGCUCUCAUGAAAUGUGGCUAAUGAAUGAUGGUAGUGAUAGUAGAAGCUGUAGUACCAGCAAUUGAUUAGAUAGAUGUGAGAUGUGAAAGAAAGAGAAAUUAAGGAUGAUUCCUAAGUUUUUGGCUUGAAUAACUGAAGGAGUGAUGGUAUCAUUUACUGAGUUUGGAGACAAUGGAGGAAAACAAGAGUGUUCUUUCUUUCGGACCAAAGAUGCGUAUGCCUGAACAGAUAAUAUUACAACUAUUUUUCAAUCACUUAGAAAUAGCAUUCCAUUUCUGUUCUUCUCUAAAUUACUUAAAACUGUUUUUUGUUCUAUGUAAUUCCUUCCCGGAACAUGAUACAUUACUGAAGUAAAAGUGAUAAGAAUUCUAAAAGCCAAAUUACUCUGUAAUGAAUGGCCAUGAAACCCUGGAUGAGUCACUGUUCUUAAGUAAAUGGUGGCAAGGCAAAGAUGAACAGCAGCAGAACACAAUCCGGACACUUUAGGCAGAUCUCACUUUUGUUUUAGAGAGAAAUAUUAGCAAACAUCAGAGAGAAUUUAUGAAAUAAACAUGAAAUAAGGUAAGCAUCAGGGGUUUAUGAGAAAUGGCAAGGUACCUCUGUUAAUUUUAAGUGAAGAUUUACUGAUAACUAAAGUGCUCAAGUUUGAUGAAAUUAGAUUUCUGUUCUCUUUUUCAGACUCCCACUGGUUUAACUACUCAAGGAUGAGAGGGAGUGCUUGAUGCAAGUCUUCCGCCCCAGAUGUACACACUUAGCUUUCAUUUAGUUAGUAGGUCACAGGCUGAUUCGACAAUCUUGUACAAAAAAUUGGUUUCACAAUUCUAUUUUUAAAAUUUUUAUUGUUUUAGACUAGUCAUGGUUUCACAAUUCUUUAUUAAUAUAACUAUUCAUUUGAUCUGAGGCAUACUUGGCACUCCCAGGAUUUGCCAAAUCUAUUAUGAAAUGCCCCAAACAGUGUAUUAUGUUGAUAAAUGGAGGUAGUGCAGGGCAAUCAGAAACAGAGUGGGUUAACUCAUUAGUAACCAAACUGGGACCCAACCCUGGGUGCAGUCUGUGCUUACAGUGAGUUCCUCUGGGCCUCAGCUUCUUCAACUUUAAAACAAAGGGUCUCAAUCCAUAGAUGAUCAUGAAGUUCUAUUUUAGCUCUAUAAUAUUUGAUUCUAGUAAGUUAUAAGAAAACUUUGAGUUUUGUUUCUAUUUUUGAUAAAGAUGGAUUGCAAAUAAGCCAUCCACAAACAAUUUUACAGACAAAUUUGCACCAAUAUUUGUAUUGGGUUACUAACAGAGUGGCUCUUUCUAUCACUGUGUCAUAUAAAACUAGCCAUGGGGGAUUAAAUCUGUGAACUUCAGUCAAUCGUGCAAACAAAGCUUACUGGGGUGUAACUAGUUCAAGAAAUAAUCAUAAGGAAGUAUAAUAUGUAUAUUGUCCACCAACUUCCUCCCGCUACAGAAAUAGAGAAAUGAGGGUUUUUUGAGGAGGUAGUUGCCACACUGACCAUAACUAUUGAAUUUCUUCAAUACUGUUUAAUUUCCCCUUUUCCUCCCACUGUAGUUGGUGUCAUACAAGAGUCUAUUUACACUGACUAGAGAUAUUGGAAGAGCGAAGAUCAGAGAAUUUUAAGUCUGAAAUUUGGCAUCACUGCCCUGAACAAUAUAACCUUAGUUGGCAUAAACUACUCAUACAGACAAAGGCAUUAUCCAUCACAAUAAGUAACUUUUUGUCUUUAUUUCAACCGGACAAUUGUGAUUGGAAAAGGUAAGAAGCCAUCUACACUUUCCCGUUCCAUCCAAUACAUUUUUGUUACUAUUUUAUUUAAUUCAAUGCUUUAAAAAAAAAAAAAAAACUAUUCAGCUUAAAUACUGUACCAAAAAUAAUUUUAAUAUUAAAUAUCUGCAAUUCUGUUCUAGCUCCCGUGACAAAAUUCAAGAAAAUCUGACAUAAAUGAACAACAACACAACAUGUAUUCAACCAUCUAUGAUCUCUUCCAUGGCUUUACCAAUCAUUUACAUCCUCCUUUGUAUUGUUGGUGUUUUUGGAAACUCUCUCUCUCAAUGGAUAUUUUUAACAAAAAUAGGUAAAAAAACAUCAACGCACAUCUACCUGUCACACCUUGUGACUGCAAACUUACUUGUGUGCAGCGCCAUGCCUUUCAUGAGUAUCUAUUUCCUGAAAGGUUUCCAAUGGGAAUAUCAAUCUGCUCAAUGUAGAGUGGUCAAUUUUCUGGGAACUCUAUCCAUGCAUGUAAGUAUGUUUGUCAGCCUCUUAAUUUUAAGCUGGAUUGCCGUAAGCCGCUACGCUACCUUAAUGCAAAAGGAUUCCUUGCAAGAGACUACUUCGUGCUAUGAGAAAAUAUUUUAUGGCCAUUUACUGAAAAAAUUUCGCCAGCCCAACUUUGCUAGAAAACUAUGCAUUUACAUAUGGGGAGUUGUACUGGGCAUAAUUAUUCCAGUUACUAUAUACUACUCAGUCAUAGAGGCUACAGAAGGAGAAGAAAGCCUAUGCUACAAUCGGCAGAUGGAACUAGGAGCCAUGAUCUCUCAGAUUGCAGGUCUCAUUGGAACCACAUUUAUUGGAUUUUCCUUUUUAGUAGUACUAACAUCAUACUCCUCUUUUGUAAGCCAUCUGAGAAAAAUAAGAACCUGUACGUCCAUUAUGGAGAAAGAUUUGACUUACAGUUCUGUGAAAAGACAUCUUUUGGUCAUCCAGAUUCUACUAAUAGUUUGCUUCCUUCCUUAUAGUAUUUUUAAACCCAUUUUUUAUGUUCUACAUCAAAGAGAUAACUGUCAGCAACUGAAUUAUUUAAUAGAAACAAAAAACAUCCUCACCUGUCUUGCUUCGGCCAGAAGUAGCACAGACCCCAUUAUAUUUCUUUUAUUAGAUAAAACAUUCAAGAAGACAUUAUAUAAUCUCUUUACAAAGUCUAAUUCAGCACACAUGCAAUCAUAUGGUUGACUUUUGAAUGGAAAACCCCACAAUAUAGAAAAGCAUUCAUGUGACUUUAUUAGGGACACUAAACUACAUCAUUAACAUGUCACAGCUUAGUUGACAAUAAUCACCAAGAAAAUCUCUUUGGUUUUUAAAAAUAAAUAAAUAUAUAUUCAUAAAACUCAAAAAACAGUUCUACUUAUACUGAAAGUUGAGAUGGCAGAAACUUUCAGAAGCAAAAAUUAAGCAUACUGAAAGGAUCCCACUCAUAUGAAACUAACAGGCUGUUUAAACUCAACUGUGAGUGCUUCUGUUCAGAACACGUUAUUUCAUGACUAGGAUAAAGAAGCAAAUGGUUUAUGACUUGUCUGCUUUCUGGUAGUUAGAAUACAAGGGUCAAUCUAUGACCAGUGUUUAUUGGUAAUUUUAAAAUCUUUAAAAAUAAGUAGCUGGGCUCAGUGGCUCACGCCUGUAGUCCCAGCACUUUGGG